CCGGAAGAAGGAGGAGGAGGCAGAGCAGCGGCCGCCAUCGCGGGCCUAGGGGAGAGACGUUGAGCAGUAGUAGGCCGGAGCGCUGCCGUGGGCCAAUUCAAAGUCGGUCGCGGCCUCUGGCGCUCGUCGUCGAAGGGAUUGCGAAUUCGGGCCAGGGCUCGAUGGCUCAUGCUCCACGAGGGCGCAAUUUCUUCUUCUUUUGCUGAUGCUUCUGAUUCGACCAGCGCGAGGGACGGAGGGCGGUGGCUGGAGGUGACGCGAUCCGUGGGGAUUGAGGAUGGUCGCGGCCGUGCAGAAUUUCGCGCAGGAGAAGGAGCGGCAUUGGCGGUGAGGAUUUGGGUUUCGCGGAUUCUUUUUGGAGCUGGAUUUGAGCGCGGGGCGGGUUUGUGGAGGGGAGAAUUUGGGUGGUGGUAGCGGUGGGAGGAGAUGAUGGGCACGGGCGUGCCUUUGCCGAAGGAUUUGAAGGAGUUUUCGACUGCCAAGUAUUGGGAUUCGUUCUUCAACGCGCGUCGCGGGAAGCCUUUUGAGUGGUACGGCGAGUGGAAGGACAUUUCGAAGCUGUUUUUGGCGCAAUGUGGUGUUUCGACGGAUUCGAAGGAGAAAGUUCUGAUUCCAGGAUGUGGCAAUUCGACUCUGUCCGCCGACAUGUACGAUGCUGGGUUUACCGACAUUACGAACAUUGAUUUUUCUCGUGUGGUGAUCUCCGAAAUGUUGCGCCAGCACGUCCGAUCGCGCCCUCGUAUGCGCUGGCUCGUCAUGGACAUGACAAAAAUGCAGUUUUCCGACUCAUCGUUUGACGUAGUGGUGGAUAAGGGAGGACUUGAUGCAAUUUUGGGGGAGCCAGAGGACGAAUCAACAGCCGGCGUCGCUCUUCUUUCCGAGGUCAAGCGUGUGCUAAGACCUAACGGCAAGUUAGUCGUCAUUACUCUGGCGCAACAACACGUGAUAGAGUUGUUGCUACUGACCUUCAGGGAAGGUUGGCACCUUAGUAUAUAUGCUUUACAGCUGACAAGCUCCUCGCCAUCUAGCCUGCAACCGUUUAUGGUCAUCGCCAAAAAGGAGACUAGGGCGAAGUUGCCCCUAGUAUCGUUGGAUUUAAGUUGGCAAGGAGCAUCAAAUAAAUAUCAAAUGGAGGACGUUGUUAAAGCCGUGGAUCACGAGAACGUCUUGCGUAGUCAAGGACUCUGUGAAGCCAAGGCACCAAAGAGCCCUGAAAUUAAUCCUGAAGAUUCGUACGAAAGUCUACAUCCUGGUCGCCGAUUGACCAUGAACUUGGGCAGUCACCGUUCACAAUAUAAUUACACAGCUGUAAUCAUGGAUGCUAAGGAAGACAUCAUACCUGAGUAUCGAUGUGCUGUUUUCUUGGUGCCGAAGGGCAGAGCACAUGAGUGGCUCUUCUCAUCCGUUGAAGGGCAGUGGCAGGUAGCGGAGAGUACCAAAGCAGGUCGGCUCAUCCUGGUUGCAUUGGCACCUAAUCAAUACGUUGACAACAUACUCAAUGUGAAGGAUGAUUUAUCGCCACUGGUUAAGUGCCUGCUCCCUUUGGACUGUAGAGAAAGUUCCAAUGUACCAUAUAUGACGCAAGGGGAUGGGAUCUCGACUAGGAACAUUUUGGAUGAAGUCGAAUCGCCCCUUACAGGAGCCAUGCUUGUCGAAGACGUUUUUCUAUCAGAAGAAAACACGAGCAGUAAUAAGUCAGGGGAAGAAUGUUUCCGUCGUCUGGUUUUCAGAAGAAACCCAAACUUAAUACAAUCGGAGGCACUUGUAGUUAGAGUGAAAACCUCACCGAAAGCUGAGGAGAAAGGGAAGAACGUUGGUGGAACUGGUCGUAAGCACCCCAAUAAGAAAAAGGGCAAGCCUGCGAAGGACUCAGGUCUUACUCAAAAACAAGGUGAGGAGCUAAGAAUUGAUCACAGCUAUUUAGCGAGUCCCUACCAUGGAGGAAUGAUCGCAGCAUUAAUAUUAGUAUCGAACAAUUUGGAGAACUGGUUAGCUUCAAAACAGCAGAUAAGAUGCAUGAUCGUAGGACUUGGAGCUGGGCUGCUACCCAUGUUCGUGCACAACCAUUUACCAUUUGAUGAUAUUCAGAUUGUCGAAUUGGAUCCAGUAGUAGGGGAUGUUGCCAAAAAGCAUUUCGGUUUCAUCGAAGAUGAGCGAAUGAAGCUCGUAAUCGGCGAUGGUAUAGAUGCUGUGCAAGAGAUAGCUGAUACCGCAACCACUUCGAGCCCCCAAAAUGGUAUCGAAGACGCAGAGAGAUCCACAUCUGAUGGUGGCUUGAAUGGAAAAUACACAAGUGAGGAAUCCUCUAGCGAGUUGCACGAGGAAGAGUCAACAGCUUCUCCUUCUCAUGCAAUUUUGAAGAAACUGGACUUGAAUGGGGAGGAAAAGCCUAGUCAACGGUCAGCUGCUACCAGCACAGAUUCCAGGCUUCAUGUUCUUAUAGUUGAUGCAGACUCCGAAGACCCAAGUUCGGGAUUGAGCUGUCCGCCCCAAGAGUUUAUCGAAGAUAAAUUCCUGAUCGCUGCGCGAGAUGCCCUUGCCGAAGGUGGAGUGUUGAUUAUUAACGUUGUUUCAAGGGCAACGGCACAUCAUGUCACAUACGUUGCCCAACUGAAAAAGUAUUUUGUGGAGGUUUAUGAUAUCGAGGUUAACGAAGAUGUGAACCGGGUGCUUAUUGCUCUUCCUCAGCCAAGGAAUAAAGGGGCAUCCUCCGAUAUCAUGCACGACUUGUCCAAGUUAGAGAAGAUAGUGACACAAUUUGCCCCGUGGCGAAGUGGUCCAGACCUCAAAGAGAUUGUGAAGAGCUUGAAACGCUUGAAAUAGACAUUAGAAACAGUCUUUCAAAAAUGUGUGAAGCAAUUGGAGCUUAUUAUAGCAGGCUGGCCUGUCACAAGAAUGGGAGAUUAUCCUGCAAAUUCAUAUUCGAGUUUCUUGG